CUUCCGAAAGUUAACGUUGCCGCAGUUUGGCUAAUGAACGGUUAAUGGUCUGAAUGUUUCAAUAUGCCACAGUUCUUCAGGGUAAUUCCACGUGCCGCUAGAGAAACGUGGUUGCCAAUGAAAUCUUCCCUUCAACGGAGUGUGGAUAAUGAUGUGAGCAGGAAAUGGCUGAGAAACAAGUAAAGACUUCCUUCCUUUUUGUUCGACUGCAGUCUCCAUCCAACUCUAGAUUAAAAUGUACAGAGAGCAACGCCGGCCGCGAACUGGGCUCCGCUCUCGCCAGCUAUCGGCCGGCUUCACCCACGAACAACGGAGGCGUGGCUGCCGGUUGUCAGGACAACGUCAAACAAGCCUGCGAGGGUCUGUGUGAUGGCGGGCAACCGGAGCGAGGUGGCCGCCGCUGGCCAGAUGUUCGGUGCUGCGGUUCGUGCCGGAGCAGCAGCAUCAGCACCAGCAACGCAUGCAAGUUUGGCACAAGGGUGAACUGGUCCCCCCCACUCUCACCCUCAGCCGGUUCCUCAGCCAGCAAGACUGUACACUUCCUGGAUCUGGUCACCUCCCAAAGGAGCCCCCAGUCUGGGAACUGGAAUGCGGAGUCCGAACAAACUCCGGGGAUACUUCCCCCUUCAAUGUCUCCGUCAAGACCAUCGGCAGCCGACUCCUGGGGCACGCCCACCAAGUAUCAUGUGCCCAGUUCCAGGAAGGACGGGGUCCGGUGGAAAGUACAAGUCAGCAAGCCGAACGUGGUGGAGGCGCCCAUCUUUCGCAAGUCUCCCCCCUCAGUGAAUCAGCGAUUCAGUUCUGGGGUUGUGGAUUGGUCUCCAAGAUCGAUGGGUACACAGGACAGGGCAUGCCACCCUUACCACCCAGCUCUGGGGCUCUCUGGAACAGCCAGCUCGCCAACAAGCCCCAACACACUUCAAAAGGUAAGGACUACCCCUUAAUCUGGUGCUUAAAGAACCUUGGUGGAUUGCAGGAUUUCUGAGAGUUUAUCCAAAUACGUAUAUUUUAUUCAUUAGAAUAGAACUUGU